AUGGAACAGAUCGUUACCUCGAUUGUCUGCUUUUUAAUGAUUUUGGCCAUCGUUCGCGUGGGCAGCGUUCCUGCACCGAGUGACAUCAUAUCAGGGCGAGAGUUCCUAUCAAUACUCAUGAAGCCGGCCGGCGGUGUAACGCCUGCCACACCUCAGCAACCGUCGCGCAACUUCCGUGGGUUGCGUAAGUUUCGGCAUUUCUUCUUCGAUCAGUCCAACACGGAGGAUGAUACGAUACUGCCGAUCGAGGCACUGUUCACAUCCCAGGAGGACCUGGACCGGAGUAGUACGCGGUUCUACGGCUACAGGAGAGGUGGACAGCGGGCUGGUGGUAGCAGUGGUACGAUACCGGUUACAACGACCGUAGCCCCGGUGGAGUCGGUGAAUGAUACUGUCGAUCCGGUCACUACCUCAUCACCUUCGUGGUUCGUUGACAGCGAGCCCACGACGCCGCUGAUGGAGACGAACGGAACCGCGGGGGAGAGUACGGAGGUCACGACACUGGAGGACGUUACCACGGUUACCGUUGGGACGUUGCAGGACGAGGAGAAGGCAACGAUAGUGCCGAUGGUAAUGUCACCCGGCCGGUACGCCAAACGUGCCAAAGCGAUCCAGCAGCCGGUAGAGUACGCGAAGGUGGUAUCUCCCGUGCGCCAUUCGAAUGCGCAUCGCAGCGAGCUCUCGGUGGAGGAGCUGGGCCCGACGAUCAGCAAGGAGGAGGAACCAGACUCGGCCAAGGGAGAAUCGUCCUCGGUGGCGAAGUUGGUGGCUCCACCGGUCACAUCCCAACAGCGUUAUCGUACACAGCGUAAGCAAGAGUCGAAAGGAGGGCCUUCCUUCCAGGCGGUUAACUAUCGCGAGCGAAAGCCAGCGGACGGUUUGGCAUGGCGGGAUGUACACGGCGAUACGCGGUUGGAGAGCGACCAGAAGGCGCAGUUGAAGUCAGCGCGGGAUAAAGCUGUCCCGCAGAUGUACUCGGAACCGGCCCGGUUUUAUUCCGAACCGGCACAGUUUUAUUCCGAACCGGCGAAGGUGUACUCGGAACCGGCGAAGGUGUACGGUGAGCCGGAAAAGGUUUAUUCCGAGCCCGCCCGGGUAUAUUCCGAACCCGCCAAGGUGUACUCCGAACCGGCGAAAGUCUAUUCCGAGCCGGCGAAGGUGUACUCGGAGCCGGCAAAGAUCUACUCCCAGCCCUCAAGCUACUGGCAAACGGCUUAUUCGGCACUCGAUCCGACGACGGUCGCCUCGACAACGGUGACGGCAUCCGCUGCAGCGGAAUCCACCACCACGGCCACCUCCACCACAACCUCCGGUUCGGUGCGGUUAGUUUUCAACGAGCUGGACAAAAUCCCGUACGACCAGCUGAAUGCACCGACGGUGGACGGGGAGGAUGCGGGCUCGAUCCACAACGCGAUAGGGAAGUUUGUGCCGAAGCAAAACCACGGGCUCGAUAAGGCCGAGCCGCAGGAGGACGGAUUUGCGGUACGACCACCGGCCGGUCCCGUAGUGCAGACGCUGGCCCCCGUACCGGGUUCCGGCGAUGACUCGAAGGUGGGGUACGUUGUGGAGGGACGGAACUAUCGGAAGUACCGCGUGGAGGAAAAGACCCCGGACGGUUUCAUUGUCGGCGAGUACGGUGUGCUGUCGCACAAUGAUGGCAAUCUGCGUGGCGUCCGCUACACGGCCGAUUCCGACAUCAAUCCGCGGCUCAUCUACGAUGCGCUGCUGAAGUUUCUUUCCUUAUGA